AUGAUUGUUGAAGAUGAAGCUCAAAGAUCUAUAAUGAACAUAAACAAGCCUACCCCAUUUGAUGGAAAUGCUAUAGUAGUCAUUGGAGGACAAGGCCGUGGAAGGGGACGUGGUCAUGGAAACCUAAAUGUGGAGUGUUCCUAUUGCAAAAAGAAGGGUCAUGUGAAAGAGAACUGCUUCCAUAUUAUGGGGUUUCCACCCAACUGGAAGAGCAAAGACAACAAGGCUCUUGAGCAGCGCAUUAAUCAAGUGACAAGUAAUAAUACACGGGAUGAAGCAAAUGGUAGUGUAGCACCAUCAUUCACACAGGAACAUCAAGCAGCCAUACACAUUACUAACAACCUUGUUUUCUAUGAGAGGAUGAAGCACAUAGAAAUGGACUGUCAUUUUGUCAGAGACAAGCUACAGGAGAAGAUUAUUCACUUGUAUCAUGUUCAUUCAGGACAACAAGAAGCAGAUCCUCUCACCAAAGCACUAGGUAAAAAAGCACAAGAAUAUCUUCUAGAUAUAGAUAGCUACAUCAAUGCUGCAUGGAGUACCAACGAAGCUUAUUUAUUCAUCAAAAAUGAGUACGUGCUGGUGAAUUAUGCUCCGGGAUCAAUAAAUGACAGGAUUGUCAAUGGUCCACUUUUGAUUUGUGAUGGCUACCAUUCUCUUGUUGGUACAGCAUUUGGAGAGCACGGAAUAGACUGUGCGUUUGAUAGUGAUGGCACGGAAGCGUUCAUCUUCUUUGGGAAACUUUGUGCCCACAUAGACUAUGCUCCGGGAUCCACAAAUGACAGAAUACUCCACGGUCCUAUGACAAUCGCUGCCAUGUUUCCCUUCUUCAAGGGUACUGUUUUUGAGAAUAGCAUUGAUGCUGCAUUUAGGGCAACUGCAAGGAAUGAAGCUUACUUAUUCAAAGGGGACCAGUGUGCUCUUAUAAACUACAAUUCCAAGACCCAAAUUGCCAUCCGUCACAUUAACCAAGGCUUUCAUAGUUUGAGAGGCACUAUAUUUGAAAGUAGAAUAGAUGCAGCUUUUGCAUCGACAAACAAAGCUUACAUUUUUAAAGGAGACCAAUAUGCACUUAUAAAUUUUGCUCCAGCUUCAACUAAUGACUAUAUAAUUGGUGGUGUGAAGAAAAUCCUUGACCAUUGGCCUUCUCUUAGGCCAAUAUUGCCUCGAGGCAAUCGUAAGGUUGAUCAGCACGAUCAUGUCGACCAAGAAAUCAACCCAGGCCAUGACGAGCACUAA